AUGGGUUCUGAACCACAAUUCGCCAAAUAUCCCAUCCUCCGGGUGGCACAGUCCAUCUUCACACUCUCGACCGGACCCCAAGCCGCUCAGCAGACCUCUCUCACCUACCUGCAAGAUGCAAUCAAAGAGCACAAGAUGGCGCCGCUAUAUCGGCAUCUCGCACAUCCUACGGAAGGUGUACUGAACUCCGUUGGUGAGGGCACCGCCGAGACAGCAAAACCGCACUCGCAGUCGCAGUCCCAGCCUCAACCAUCGAGGCGAGGGUCGUUGGUGGCCAGCAACCUGGUGCCGCCGAGCCGGAAGGCGCUGGCGGGUGGCGUACUGCCGUGGGAUGAGGCACUGUACGAGCAGCUGAAGAAGGACAACGAGCGCGAGUUGCAGGAGAUUCAAAAGGAAGAAGACGAGGCGGAGGAGAAGGCCGGCGAGACGGAGGUGCAGGCGGCGCGGAGCAAGCGCGCGGACUUCUGGGCGCGGAUUGGUGAUAAGGACAAAGCCAUUUCUUCCUACGAGGAGAUCUUCGAGAAGACGGGUCCGCUGGGCACCAAGAUCGAUAUCGUGCUGGCCAUCAUACGCGUGGGCCUGUUCUUCAACGACAAGGCGUUUGUCAAGAAGCAAGUGGAGCGGGCGAAUAUUCUGGUCGAGGGCGGCGGUGAUUGGGAUCGACGCAAUAGAUUGAAGGCUUACAAGGGCUUGCAUUUGCUGACGGUCCGGUCGUACAAUGUGGCAGCACCGUUGCUACUGGAUUCACUGUCCACAUUCACAUCCUACGAGCUGUGCAGCUACUCCAGUCUGGUGGUCUACAGUGUUCUCGCAGGUACCUUAUCACUCAAGCGCACGGACUUCAAGAAAAGCGUGGUGGAUGCGGCCGAGAUCAAGGUCAUCCUAGGCAACGACGAGGGUGAGAAGCUGCCGGGUGCAGGGGACGAGGAGAUGAAAGAUGUCAGUGCCGCGACUGAAUCGAGGGCUACGGGACUCGUGAAUCUCAGCGCGUUGGGCACGGGUACGGAGGCGCAGCCGGAGGAGGCGGUCGAUUUCAAGCCACUGGCCAGCCUGGUCAACGAUCUCUACAACGGCAACUACCGCGGCUUCUUUCAGGCGCUGGCGGCGGUGGAGGAGAGCUUUUUGACGACCGACCGCUACUUGUACGAACACCGUGGGUGGUUUGUGCGAGAGAUGCGACUGCGAGGCUAUCAGCAAUUGCUGCAGUCGUACCGCAUCGUGGGACUGGAAUCGAUGGCUCAGGCGUUUGGUGUCAGUGUGGACUUCCUGGAUCGGGACCUGGCCAAGUUCAUUGCGGCGGGCAAAAUUCACUGCACCAUCGACCGCGUGCAGGGGACAAUCGAGACCACGAGACCGGACGACAAGAACAGCCAGUACAGCAACGUGGUCAAGCUGGGCGAUCAGCUGAUUACAAAGCUGCAGAAGUAUGGGCAAGCUGUACGCCUAAGAGGCAGCGAGCGGGCGUAG